CAAAACCCUAACCCCCUCUUUCUCUCUCUAAAAAACGCACGCGUUUCAGAGUUGAUUGUACUCUGCGAUCGAUCCCAUCUAUAUCUCCAGAGAUUUACAGUAUCUGAAACAGCCAGCCGAGGACACUCCUCGCUACUGUUUUUAUUUCUUCUGCCAUUUUUGACUAUGGCGUUUUGAGCGUACUUCCACUCGUGGCUCUACUCACCUGAUUCAAGUUUCCUGAGUCUACUCGUUGACUUUUAGAUAUUGUUUGCCGAGAGAGAAAAAGUAGAAGAGAAUCUGAUAUAGGGUUUUUUGUUGGUGUCAUUUUGCUUUCACCGAUGAAUCGGCGAUUCCUCUUGGUACUAUCCUCGUUUUCCUUUGCCGUGUUAUUCCUUUUCCUCGUCGCGCUUUUUUCAGGUCAGGGUAAAAACAUCAGUUCUUCAUUCGGGUUGAAGCUGUUGAGGCAGAGGAUCAAGCAAUGGAACAGCACACUUUCUACGCCACACCGCAAGCUUCUUCGUGGAGCAGCAAUGGAGGAACCCAACCGAAUUUGGGGAGAGAAGUGUACCAAGGCUGAUAUUGUGAUCAAUCAGGGACCCACAGCCCCACUCCCAAGUGGCAUACCAACCUACACUGUGGAGAUCGUGAACGUGUGCGUCAGUGGCUGUGACAUCUCUGGAAUUCACCUAAACUGUGGCUGGUUUAGUUCGGCUCGCCUCAUCAACCCCAGAAUAUUCAAGCGCAUUCGCUAUAAUGACUGCCUUGUUAACGAUGGCAAGCCUUUAGUUAAUGGUGGGACACUCUCAUUUCAAUAUGCUAAUACCUUCCUUUACCCUCUUUCAGUCUCCCGCGUGGUCUGUUCUUAGUAAUCAUAAUAAAGAUGAAGACCAAGCUAUGAAAGAUUGAACAGCUAGCAGUGUUGAUAUAAAGGCCACUUAAAUUGGGACUGGUUAUAUCCUAAGACACUUGAUACCUAGAUUCCCCUUAUGAUCCUUUUGGUUUUAGGGGUUUCUGCUUUAGCGUUUAUGUCAUUACUGGUUUGAGUCGUUUUGGGAGAUUGAUUGAUUAGAGGUUUGAUAUAUACUGUAAAGUGUUUGUCUUGUGAAAUUUGGUCGAUGGCUUUGCGGAG